AUGGCAUUCAAAUUCGUUAUCUUGUUCGCUACCCUUGCUGCUGUCAACGCUGGAGUCUUGCAACCAGCUGGAGUUUAUCAGCACACUCAAGCUUUGUAUCCACAAGCAGCUGCUAUCGUUAAACAGCCAGUCUACUCACAACCCGCUUAUGUUCAAUCAGCACCAGUUCUUUACAAACAGCCUGCACUUAUUAAACAAGUUGUGCAUGAAGAACCAGCCAACUAUGAAUUCAACUAUGAUGUUCAUGAUCAACAAACUGGAGACAUCAAGCAACAACACGAAAAGGCUAUCAAUGGUGCCAUCCAAGGACAAUACUCAUUGAUCGAUGCUGACGGUUACCGUAGAAUUGUUGACUACACUGCUGAUGAUCACCAAGGAUUCCAAGCUAAUGUUCGUCGUGAACCACUCCACGAACAAAGAAUCGUAAAAACCGUUCAACCAGUUUUGGUAAAGAAAGUCAUCGCUCAACCCGCCAUCGCUGUCCAGAAACUUUACGCUCAACCUGCCCCAUGGCAAGCACCAGCCCAGCCUUGGCAAGCACAAGCCCAUGCUCCAUGGUCUGCUUAA